AUGUUAGCGUUACGCAAGUGUUGGUCUGUAGUCAAACUGGCUGCAAUCUUUCUGUUGGUAUCAUUUCUGUCUGGAGUAUACUGCACGUCAUGGCGGCUCACAGAAGACCAACCAUUCAUCUCCUUGAAGGACACCGCCGCAACCCAAGAAGUCCAGAAUGACGAGACUGGACUGUGGAAUGAGUUCACUUAUCGAUAUUCUUUCAGCCACGAUCUACAGGACAUCUCUGCACCAGCUCAAUUCGGGUCCAUCAACGAAGCGCUCGUUCAGGCCGGCAAUGCGAUACAUCCUCUGCCGUUCGCCAUCAAGCGCGACUCACAUGGCCUCCAUGAGGUAGCUGGAGCAUCGAUGGCACCCAUGGGGCCAGAUGUGACCGACCGAGCAACAGUCAUCAACCUCGCCAAGAUGACCUCAGACGCAUAUGUCAUGAAUCCAUCCCAACCAGACUGGCUGAAUACAACCCUCAAGUUCAACUAUUCCUCAAGCUUCGGCUGGGAGGGCGAAGGACUCCGAGGCCAUCUGUUCAGCGACCGCUGGAACAAGACCGUCAUCGUAGCGUUCAAGGGCACGACCGUCGAUCCACGCGAGAAAUGGCGAUAUCAAGAUCGCGUGAACGAUAAUAUCCUUUUCAGCUGCUGUUGUGGCGCGCAACGCCCUGAUCCAUAUCCCUAUGCGCCGGUGUGUGAGUGUUCAACGGGGACUUAUCAGUGCAAUUCGACGUGUUUGGUCAAGGAGCUGGCUCAGGAGGAUCGGUACUAUGCUACUGCGCUAGGAGUGAUGUUCAAUAUCACGCAUAUGUUCCCAGGGUCGGAUAUUUGGCUGGUUGGGCAUUCGUUGGGAGGCGCGGUCGCGUCGUUGAUGGGACAUACCUUUGAUUUUCCCGUGGUGACGUUUGAAGCACCACCCGAGCGACUUCCCACGAAACGUCUCGCAUUGCUUGAGAAGACAAAGUCACCGAUCUACCAUAUCGGCAAUACGGCAGAUCCGAUCUACAUGGGCGCAUGCAGUGGAUGGAGUUCGUCGUGCGGCCUUGCAGGCUAUGCCUUUGAGAGUCAGUGUUUCACGGGAAAGGUGUGUCAGUAUAACACGGUCAUGGAUUUGGGCUGGUCGUUAAGUAUUGCGAAUCAUCGGAUCAAUACGGUGAUCACGGAGGUGCUGGAGAAGUAUAAUUCGACGCCGCCAUGUGUGAUUGAUGAGGAUUGUGUUGAGUGCUACAACUGGAAUUUUGCCGACGGUUCAUUACUUGGACGUUGA